UAAUCUAGUUUGUGGCAUUCGCAAAACUUACAAUUUAUUAUAAAAUGGAACGAGAAGAACAAAAUCAGCGUAAAACGUACCCAUCCUACCAAAAGAAAUGAAGCUAAGAAUAUGAAGAUACUUUUGCAAUGGCGACUUCGAAAAAUCUCCGAUACAAUGGUUCUGGUGAGGUUCGAAGUAGAAGAUUCCGGAGUAAAUCAAGAAGUAGGAGGGGCGCCCACCAAUACAGGGUUCAGAGAAAUAAAAGUUUAGAGAGGGGUUUAACUGCUGAUGAUUCUAGUGAUGAAAUGUCUUCGGAUAAUGACAAUAUAUACAUGCACAACUCCACAAGGGCGACCUCAACUUUUCGGCGAUAUGAUAGAUAUGCGUCAAUAAGAAAUGACAGAGACAGGAGCAAAUCAAGAAGUAGAAAAGGUGCCCACCAAAAUAGGAAACAGGAAAAUAAAAGUCUAGAAAGAAGAUUGAUAGUUGCGGCAGGAUCUAGUGAUGAAGCAUCUUCGGAUAAAGACAAUGUGUAUAGCUAUAACUCACACUCUUUAGGACAGUCUAGUGAUGUUUUUGAAAGAAGAUCUUUCGAGUUAAAUGUAUUUAAGUUUCUUGUAAAAAAUAUAGGUGGGUGUAUAAAUGUGCCAUCUUUUAAAGAAAAGUAUGCACAUUUACCACAGAAUCUUGAUGAAUGGCUCAAUGAACGUAAGGAGAAAAUUUCAGUGUAUAAAAGAAAUAACAUUGUACUUUAUAUCGGGCCUCUUCUCAAAAAAGCUUCCAUCUGUGCUGAAAACUUUGGGUUUGGAGAAGAAAGAGAGUGCAGUCGCAUCAACUGUAAACACUUUCAUAUUUGCAAACACUACUUAAAUGGAUUGUGCAGACAAGGUCCCAGAUGCAGAAAAGGGCAUGAUUUUGAAAAUGGUCACAAUCGGGAUAUCAAAGAAAGAAAUGGUCUACAAGAAUAUACAGAUGAUGAAAUGAAAAAGAUAAUUCUUUGGAGAUAUCCCCAGGUCUGCAAAGCACGUAAUUGCUUGUUGGCAGAAGAUUGUCCAUAUCUUCACAUUUGCUAUAAUUUCAUUAAAAACAAUUGUGAUGAUUCAAGUUGCCCACGAGGACAUUCUUUCGAAACUUCCCAUAACAAAUGGGUUCUUUCAGUGUAUAGAAUGGAGAGAUGGCCGACUCAAAAAUUGAGCUUGCUAAAAUCCUUGGUUAACAUGCCAAGCAGGCAAAAAAGUAAAAGAGAUAUUUGUUGCAUGGCUAAUUUUCAUGCAGAUGUUCAAAGUGAGAACUAUGGAGAACCAUUAGGUGUGCGGUUAGAUCAGAAUGAACUUCAUCGAAAACCAAACUCAGAUCACGAUAUCUUCAAAAAAAAAUCUUUCUCAACAUCAAGUAGUGUAUUAGAUAAGAAUGCCCAUAAGACAAACAUUUGCCAUAAUAAUUUGACGGGAGGUUGUCAAGGGAGGGACUGCGAUAAACACCACACCCGCCUUCCAUACCUCUGGCAGAUCCGUAUCUAUAGAGACUGGAUCAGCUUUGAUGACGUAGAAAACCAGAAACUGGAAAGACGUUUAUGUUCAAGGGAGAAAGAAAAGACAAGCCUUAAUUUUUCUAAAGAUUAUGGGAUCAUUGAAAAGCAGACAAAACCUCAUUGUGAUAUUCGGAGAUUAACAAGUGUUUCCUUCGUCAAACAAGGGGCAGUAUUGGCUUCAGAUUCCUUCCACACUCAAUGGAGAAUGCAUUUUCAAAAUGACUUCAAACAAUGGAUAGCGUAUGAAAAAGAUGAAGUACAGUAUACACUAGAGAAGAAAUACAUGAUGAAACAAAAAAGCUAUUUAUUUACAAGGGAAGGUCAUAAAAUGAAGUAUAGGAUUGAAUUCUCUAAUAUGAGACAGAUAAACAUAGACACUUCCAAAGUCCGAAUUAUUCUUAGACGUCCUGCGUUUGUAUCUUUAGCUGAUGUGAUAUCAAAUUCAUUCCCAAGGUCAAUUCAUAUCUCCAUUCCUGUAUCGUGUCCCGGUGACUGGGAUCCGUUAGAUGUUUCAAAUGACUUCGAAUGGGUUGAUUUGGAUGAAACAGGUAACGAGUUCAAAGAUGUCCAGGCUUCCUUCUUCAAGACUCUAAGCAAGGACCAGUUUCAGAUUUCCAACAUUUAUCGCAUACAGAAUCUUGCAUUGUGGAAUGAAUUCAACAUGAAAAAAACAAACAUGGAAAGAACUGGUGGAAAGAAAACUUACAACGUUGAUGAAAGAAGUCUUUUCCAUGGCACAGAUUCAAUUGACAGGUGUUAUGGUAUAUGUACCAACAAUUUUGAUUUUCGUCUGAGUGGGAAAAAUGCAACGGUUUAUGGGAAAGGAUCUUACUUUGCCAUUUCUGCAAAGUAUAGUCAUAACUACACAAAAGGCAACACGCGCUUUAUGUUUAGAGCUAAAGUUCUGAUUGGAAGCUAUACCAAAGGUAAAGAAGACUUGACGUGUCCACCAAAUAUCCCUGGAGAAGGACACAGACGUUUUGAUUCCUGCGUCGACAAUACCUCUGACCCUUCAAUAUUCAUUGUUUUUGACAGAAAUCAGACGUACCCCGAGUACUUGAUUGCAUAUCAGGAAAAUAUUGAAGCACGGACUUUAGAUUGGCAGUCAAUACAAAAAUCAAAACGAAGUUUUUCAAGAAGUAGGGGCAUUGCAUCUAGAUCAAUUAACGUUUCCACUAAUAUUAACAAUGUUCAAAACAACCUCAAUACAUUAGUUAAAACUCCAUCUAGUAGUCAGGGAACUGUAAUUACUACUCCCUUCACAAAAAGUCGACGGAGACCACCACUACGCCGAUCAAGACCUUUGUCUUUAAGCAAUAAUCAAAGUUCCUCACAUACUGAUUUGACAUCAACUCAAUAUCCUGUUGGCAUAUCAAACUCCACUUCUAUCAGCAAUUCGACACAAAAUAGCACGUCGACCAACUCAACUGCUCAUGGAGAUCAUGUACAUGCAGCUUCCAUUGGAGUGAUAUCUUCCACGACAAACAAUUAUCAGGCUCCCACUGGAAUAAGAGCUAUUUCGAAUACAAAUAAUCACCAGGCUUCAACGAGUCUAAAAGAUUCUUCCACAGCAAGCAGUUACCAGACUUUAGCGGGAACGGGGUCUUCUAUUUCCAUCAUUAACAAGGCUUCUAUUCAAAACAUUUCUUCCAGUGCAAAUUACCAAGCCUCCAACAAACUGGGACCCUUUUCUCCUGCAAACAAUUACCAAUCAAACAGUCUGAAAGAUUCUUCCAUAGCAAACAGUUACCAGAAUUUAACGGGAACGGGGGCUUCCAUUACCAUUAACAACGCCUCUACAAAAACUACUUCUUCCACUUCAAAUUACCAAGCCUCCAACACAAUGGGACCCAUUUCCCCUGCAAACAAUUACCAACCUUCCACAGGAAUUGGAGUUUCUUCCAUGCCAAAAAACCACCAAACUUUCACCAGAGCAGGAGCUUCUUCCAUUGCAAACAACUAUCAGGCUUCCAGAGGAAUCGGAUCGACUUCCGUUUUAAACAAUUAUCAAUAUACUGAGGUCACUUCUCCUCAGAACCGGAGUUUUAACAGCUUUCCAAAGUUUUCUUCCUCAAUUAACCGAAAAAAUAGGGAUCCUUAUUCUGUUACGAGAGGUCGAAGUGAACGUCUUUCGUCCUUUCCUGGAGUUAGAUACCGGGGGUAUUAUUCUUUGUCAAACAUAGUGAUACCAAAUGAGGAUUAUGGAUGUUGUUGUCUAAUUUUGUGAUAAAAUUUAAACGAAACUUUCAAAUCGUUAAUCAGUAAUCAUU